UUAGAUUGGUUUUACAAGAGGGGCUUAUAGAGCAUUAGCACCAGGCAUUCUCAGAACUUCGCACUGUUCAUUGCCCCCCUCUCUCUCUCUCUCUCACACACACACACACACAACACAAAAGAGCCGAUCCAACUUAGAUAGGGGCUUAUAGAGCAAUAGCACCAGGCAUUCUCAGACCGUCGUACUGUUCAUUGCCCCUCUCUCUCUCUCACACACACACACAACACAAAAGAGACAAAAGAAUGGGUGUGUUUUUCUCAUCAAGCCGUGCCCCUGCCGAAGAAGAAGGCACGUCUCUUGUUCUCACCUUCCACAAUUCCUCAGACUGGAGAUCCCAUUUCGAGGCUAACAAGUCAUCUAAACAACUGAUAGUGGUUGAUUUUAGCGCCUCAUGGUGUGGGCCUUGCCGCAUCAUAGAGCCCUUUGUCAAAGAGCUUGCUAACAAAUUCUCUGAUGUUAAAUUUCUGAAGAUCGACGUCGAUGAACUUCCAGAUGUUUCUCAAGAAUGGGGUGUACAGGCAAUGCCCACAUUUGUUCUGAUCAAAGAAGGGAAGUUGGUUGACAAGGUGGUGGGUCCGGAUAAACGCGAACUCGAAAAGAAGGUCGAAAAGAAUAGAGUGUAGGAAUUAUGUUACAAAAGUGGCUUUCUAAUGAUCUUAGCUUGAAUGUUCAUGGAGGUCUGAAUAAGGUGGAUUCAUCUCCAUUAGAAAAUUGCAAACUUGUUUCUUCUCUUGUGCAAAUUGGCUCGAAUGGAGGUUGUGAGUUUGUUGUCACAUUAUGUAUGUUGGAUUUUCAUGAACUGUGAGGAAUGCAGAAUUUCAUCAGGUGGAGUUUCAGUUCUCCCAUUGUUGAAA